GCUGUGGUAUAAAACUGUGGGGCCGGCCGAGCUCUGAGAUCGAGAGCCGCCUAGAGACAACAGGGACCACAUCACUGAAGGGGCGAGCCUUCUCCCGAAGCGGGCUUUGUGGCCUGCCGAGCCUCUGUCCCGAGAAACAUGCCGGCGACCUACCUCACCUGCUGGAGCCUGCUGGCUUUGUUGCUCCUCCCAUGUUGCCUGGCUCAAGACGAAUACAUGGAGGCAUCGCAACCUGGGGCCCACCCACCAGACUGCAGUAAAUGUUGCCAUGGAGAAUUUGGAUUCCGGGGUUACCUGGGACCCCCAGGACCCCCAGGUCCACCAGGCAUGCCAGGAAACCACGGGAACAACGGCAACAACGGAGCAACCGGCCACGAGGGAUCCAAGGGGGAUAAAGGAGACCGGGGGGACCUGGGACCCCGAGGAGAGCGUGGACAACACGGCCCAAAGGGGGAGAAGGGCUACCCCGGGGUUCCUCCCGAGCUCCAGAUUGCAUUUAUGGCUUCCAUGGCAACUCACUUCAGCAAUCAGAACAGUGGGAUAAUCUUCAGCAGUGUUGAAACCAACAUAGGAAACUUCUUCGAUGUCAUGACUGGUAGAUUUGGAGCCCCCGUGACAGGAGUCUAUUUCUUCACCUUCAGCAUGAUGAAACAUGAAGAUGUGGAAGAAGUUUUCGUGUACCUAAUGCACAACGGCAAUACAGUUUUCAGCCUCUACAGCUAUGAAACGAAAGGAAAGUCAGAUACCUCUAGCAACAGUGCAGUGCUCAAGCUGUCUAAGGGGGACGAAGUGUGGCUGAGGAUGGGGAAUGGAGCCUUGCAUGGAGACCAUCAGCGCUUCUCUACUUUUGCCGGCUUUCUUCUCUUCGAAACUAAGUAGGCCAUAAGUGAUGGCCACACGGAGGAAGUUUCACUGCCCAGAUGGUAUUUCUUAUGGUCUAAGGAACAUUAGAGUUGAAGGGUAACAUUAAAUGAUCAGGAAAACUUAUUCAGAUGAAGCGUAUGGCUAUGCCUGGGUCAGUCGCACCGAAUACUUUGGGAUAUUGGCACAGAUGCAGACUCUCAGGAGAAGUAAAACUGCAGGAUUAUCACUAGAAGUGACCUUACUAAGACAUACAGAGACUUCACUGCUAUUUUCUAGAAAGCUAUUCCCCCUUUGUAAGACAAAAAGCAACAACACAAAGAUGAAAGUGCUCAAAGAAGCCAUUUGGAAAGUGGUUUAGAGAUAGCAUCCCUUUUGAGAUAUUUACAAGGAGGAACACCUUUCAGGGCCCCCAGAAGUGUGUAGAGGGAGGGAGAAGAGGCUGUCUAAGUUGAUAUCUGCUUCUCCCCACUCCUUAAGGGGUCAGAUGCUGACAUUUCGGACGGUUCCAUUACAGAGGGAGAAGCUGCAACCAGAGACAAUAUCAGGGAUUGUCCUGUGAAAUCAGAGAUAGCUGAUAGGAGCAGGGCCGUUUGGUCUUUAAGAAUACAGGAGAAUGAAGUUUUUUUAUGUCUGCUCACAGUGGAAGGGAAAAGCACCCCGAGAAGGCUCAGCAAAUUCCAGCAGUAGACCUCAGGAAGACCAACACUUGAACUGGAAAAUGAUGUGAGCCCCAAACACCUGUGCUGAAAGCCCCUUUCCUUUCAGUCCAUUGAAAAAUCUUCCACCUUCCUCCUCCCUCAUUCUCACAGUCCGGCUCGGAGCUAAAAGUCAACCACUCGGGAACUUAUGAAGUGGAAAAAAAAAGAAGUCCUUCUGGUAGCCUGAAUUUUACACCCUCUACUGCUAUAAUUUCCCGUUAGACUUGGAAUUAGCCUUUGACGACUUUUGUUUAGUCUAUUACUCUUUCCUAAUUCACAUACGGCGCUAUUUUAAAUGAAGAAACAUGAUCUAGGAUGUACUUGAUCUAUAAUGUCGCUUUGUUUUUCUUUCCUGCAUAGCAAAUAUUGUACAAAUGUUCAUUUGAAGUCACUGCCUUAAAGGUAUAGGGCAUUCUGCUGUGUCAAAAUGCCCCGAAAGCAUACACUGUUAUUAUAGCUCUAUAGAAACUUUGUUAGCAUGCGUCCAAAGGAAACCAUGAAAAGAUAAUCAUAUUUUACAACAAAUAUAAUAUGCAAGCGUGUGCCAAAUGGCAAGUAUAUCUUGCAUCGUGUGUGAGGAGAAUCUGCUGAAUGUACUAUUUCUUCAUGUUCUAAAGUUGGAUUAUAUUUACUUAAUAAAGACAAACA